UGCCCCGGCCGCGGCAACCCUGCCCUUCGUUCUUCUUCCUCCUCCCUUCCGUCAGCGCCCCUCCCGUGGGGCCGCGGCAACCCCGUGCCUCGCUUGCCCAAUGAGAACACGGCGUGGGGCGGGGCGCGGCCAGGACCGGAGCGGAAGUGGUGACCAGAGCGGAAGUGGAGCUGCCGCCACCGCCGCCGCCGAUUCCGGAGCCGGGGUAGCAGCUGCCGCUGCAGCCACUGCAGGCACCGCUUCCGCCGCCUGAGGAGUGGGCUUUUGAAGGAAGAGGUCAUCUCUCUCGGAGUUUCGCUCGGAAGGGUCUUUGUUCCCUGCAGCCCUCCCACGGGAAUGACAAUGGAUAAAAGUGAGCUGGUACAGAAAGCCAAACUCGCUGAGCAGGCUGAGCGCUAUGAUGAUAUGGCUGCAGCCAUGAAGGCAGUCACAGAACAGGGGCAUGAACUCUCCAAUGAAGAGAGAAAUCUGCUCUCUGUUGCCUACAAGAAUGUGGUAGGCGCCCGCCGCUCUUCCUGGCGUGUCAUCUCCAGCAUUGAGCAGAAAACAGAGCGGAAUGAGAAGAAGCAGCAGAUGGGCAAAGAGUACCGUGAGAAGAUAGAGGCAGAACUGCAGGACAUCUGCAAUGACGUUCUGGAGCUGUUGGACAAAUAUCUUAUUCCCAAUGCUACACAACCAGAAAGUAAGGUGUUCUACUUGAAAAUGAAAGGAGAUUAUUUUAGGUAUCUUUCUGAAGUGGCAUCCGGAGACAACAAACAAACCACUGUGUCAAACUCCCAGCAGGCCUACCAGGAAGCAUUUGAAAUUAGUAAGAAAGAAAUGCAGCCUACACACCCAAUUCGACUUGGUCUGGCACUUAACUUCUCAGUCUUUUACUAUGAGAUUCUAAACUCUCCUGAAAAGGCCUGCAGCCUGGCAAAAACGGCAUUUGAUGAAGCAAUUGCUGAAUUGGAUACACUGAAUGAAGAGUCUUAUAAAGACAGCACUCUGAUCAUGCAGUUACUUAGGGACAAUCUCACUCUGUGGACAUCGGAAAACCAGGGAGACGAAGGAGAUGCUGGGGAGGGGGAGAACUAAUGUCUCUCGUGCUUCGUGAUCUGUUCAGUGUCACUCUGUACCCUCCACAUACAUCCCUUGUGCGAUAAAAACAAAAAAGAAAAAAAAAAAAAGAAUCGUACGUCGACUUUCGAUUUUUCACAGCCUCAGCCUAGGAAAAAUGGUUCAUGGGAUAAACAGCUGGUAUUUGUAUCUAAAACUCAGAUUGGUCACAUAAAUGCCACGGCAUUCCGAAGUUUUGAUUUUGAUUAACAUUGACAGGAUUACUGUGUGUUUAAUUUUUUUAAAACUGAACACUGUGAUUAUGGGGUUUUGUAAUUUAGCAGAACUCUUACUGGUAGAAAAAAUAGACCUGAAUUAUGUGUAACUUUUUGGAAAGUUUAAUCUGAUAUCAAAAUAACCAUUGAAAUACAAUUCCAUUGUAAAGUUGUACAGAAAGUUAUAGAGAUUAUAUUGUGAUGCUGGAACUUGGAGUGAGACACAUCAUUUGGCAUUUGAGUUUAAUGGUAAUUCUCAGUAAUGCUGCCGUUGUUCGGAGCUUAAAGACACUUGAUCUGUUUGGGCUGUUGCCACUUAAAAGUUCGUUACCACAAAUGUCCACAGUGUCUUCCUCUGAGGAAACUCGAAUCCUGAAAUGGAAAUUCUUUGUGGCAGAUAACUGGCUUAUGACACCUUGAAAAGUUCGAGUGCUCAUAUAACACACCCGACUGAACCCCCUUUCCUACAGCAAUAUGUUCACUAUGUUACGAAUUUGCAACUUGUGCUUCAAUAGUGGAAUCUACUUUCAUUGUUAACACUGAGCUAAAGAAAAAAAGCCGUGUGUUUUAUGAAUGACCUUAUCUGUUUCCUGGAUAAUACCUUUAAGAAUAAUGUCCUGAGUCAGGCGUGGUGGUGCGUGCAUCUAGUCCCAACUGUUUGGGAGGCUGAGGCAGGAGGAUCGCCCGAGCCCAGGAGUUAAAGGCUGCAGUGCCCUAUGGUUGCACCUGUGAAUUACUGCACUCCAGCCUGGGCAACAUAGCGAGACCUCAUCUCCAAAAACAAAAACAAAAAAAGGAAUGACGUUCUGUAGAGAUUGCCUUUCACUUGAGGAGUACUCAGUUUUCAGGUUCUUCCUAGCUCGGGGCUUUUCAAUUUUGAAAUCUACACAUUUAUUCCCACCAUCCUUUUUGACUAUUGACCUUGGUUUUCUCUUCUAAGUUUCUGUCCCUCUGCUUCCUUACUUUUUUUCUUUUUUGAAUUCUAUCUUUAUCUGUCUUUUGUUCACUUUUUAAUGCUAUAUAUGGGCAGGGGUGAGAGAUUACUGAGCACCUUGGUGAGCAAGCCUGGUUUUAAAGAGUUGAGAAGAGCUUCUGGCACCAGAGCUCUGUCUUCCUCCAGUUCUCAACACGGUGUUGCUCUUCAGUCAUACCAGGAUCUGAAUCAAAAAAGUAUUUUUAAAUAUCCAUGAUUUCUCCCUGUAUUGAGGCUGGCCCUGAUCAUGCUCUUUGUGCCUGUCACCAGGUCUCUCAAGUGCACUCAUCCAGCUCAGUGCUCAGAUGUGUUUAAGGAGACCCUGUAUUCAGGGAAGUUGCGUAGAUACUGCAGUGGAGAGAAUUGAGAAUAGUCAGGCCUGUCAGUCUCACAGGAUCACCCCUCUACCUUUAAUAUUCCACCUAGCUGUAGAGUCCAUCUGUUUGUCCAUCUGCUGAAAUGAGAAAAGAAAAAUUUAUGCACUGAUUUAAAACAAACCAAAAAAAGAGAAAAAAAACAAAAAAAAAAUCCCUCCUUUCUAGCUGAACAAAAAUGUGCAGUUAAUACUUGGCGCUUGAAAAUGCAGUAGUGAAUGUGGAACCAAGCCUGUCUGUAUAUCUGGUAGCUCUCUUCUUGCUUUGUUUUUCCUUACCAGUAUUCUGCGUAAUGUUUGCUUCUGUGAUGGUUAUAUUGCCUAGCAAGCACACCCGUGGUUGUGAAAAUAGUAUAGCAAAAAAGAAAAAUCCGUGGUUAUUGAUGUACUAGAUUUGUGUAUGUCUUUUAAACAGUUCUAGUUUCACCUUACACAGAAUAAUCAGGAAAAGUGUAAAAAUUCAAAAGUGAAAUAAAAAUUUUAUCAGUUA